AGGAUGAGUAUUUUGUUGAUGACACCAUGUACAAGUUGACCAUAAAAAAGAUGGGAAAGUUACAUCGGGACUUUAGAAACCGAUUGAGGACUGGCUUUUUUUAUAAGACACGACCAGUUGGACAGGAUAGUGGUGAAGCUUAUGUGAAGUAUAAAGGCAUUUUGACACAAGAUGUGUGGGAGGAUUUUAUCGCUAGGAGCAUGACUCCGGAGUUUCAGGAAUUAAGUGAUAAAAACAAACAAGCUGCGUUACUGAAUAUUUACCCUCACCAUAUGGGUCGCUCCGGAUAUGCACUUUCCAUACCGAAAUGGAAAGAUCAAGGAUUAC